GGCGUCCCCCGGGGGCCCACUCUGCCGCGGUGCGUGCCGGAGGUGCGGCACUUGAGGCCGCGGCCCGGGCCCCGGCGCCCCCGCGCCUGACGGGGCGGCGAGGCGGCAUGAGGCGCUGGCGUGGGGGGCGCCCGGCCGAGCCCCCGCGGCGGCCCUCGGCGGCCAGGCGCUAGGCUCGGCGGCGGCGGCGGGCGGCGGGCCCGGCCCGUGCUGGGCAGACACGGAGCGGCGAGCGGGGCGCAGCGACGCCGUGGCGGCGCGGCGGGGCCGCGGGACUCGAAAGAUGAAGUCCUCAGUACAUUCUGAAGAGGAUGAUUUUGUUCCAGAACUGCAUAGGAAUGUUCACCCCCGAGAGCGACCUGACUGGGAAGAAACACUUAGCGCAAUGGCGAGAGGAGCUGAUGUGCCAGAGAUUCCUGGAGAUCUUACUCUUAAGACAUGUGGCAGUACAGCCAGCAUGAAGGUUAAACACGUGAAAAAGUUACCCUUCACUAAAGGUCACUUUCCGAAGAUGGCUGAGUGUGCGCAUUUCCAUUAUGAGAAUGUUGAGUUUGGCAGCAUACAGCUUUCACUUUCAGAAGAACAGAAUGAAGUAAUGAAAAACGGCUGUGAAUCUAAAGAGCUGGUCUACCUCGUGCAGAUUGCUUGUCAGGGCAAAAGUUGGAUUGUUAAAAGAAGUUAUGAAGAUUUUCGGGUACUUGAUAAACAUCUUCAUCUCUGUAUUUAUGACCGAAGAUUCUCCCAGCUCUCAGAGCUCCCCCGUUCUGACAUGUUGAAGGAUAGUCCAGAGUCUGUCUCUCAGAUGCUUAUGGCUUACCUAUCACGCCUUUCAGCUAUUGCCGGCAACAAGAUCAACUGUGGCCCUGCCCUCACCUGGAUGGAGAUUGACAAUAAGGGUAAUCACCUUCUGGUUCAUGAGGAAUCCUCCAUCAACACUCCUGCGGUUGGUGCUGCUCACGUCAUCAAGAGGUACACUGCUCGCGCUCCUGACGAACUGACCUUAGAGGUGGGCGACAUCGUUUCCGUCAUUGACAUGCCUCCGAAAGUACUAAGCACAUGGUGGAGAGGCAAACGUGGGUUCCAGGUGGGACUCUUCCCUGGACACUGUGUUGAGUUAAUUAACCAAAAAGUUCCCCAGUCAGUGACUAACUCAGUGCCAAAACCAGUGUCUAAAAAACACGGCAAGCUCAUUACUUUCCUACGAACAUUCAUGAAGUCUCGUCCAACAAAACAGAAGCUGAAGCAGCGGGGGAUCUUGAAGGAGAGAGUAUUUGGCUGUGACCUGGGGGAGCACCUUCUCAAUUCUGGUUUUGAAGUGCCCCAAGUUCUUCAGAGCUGCACAGCAUUCAUUGAGAGAUAUGGCAUUGUUGAUGGAAUAUAUCGUCUCUCCGGAGUUGCCUCCAAUAUCCAGAGACUGCGUCAUGAAUUUGACUCUGAACAUGUCCCCGACUUGACGAAGGAGCCGUAUGUUCAAGAUAUCCACUCUGUGGGCUCUCUCUGUAAGCUGUACUUCCGAGAGCUCCCAAACCCUCUGCUUACCUACCAACUGUAUGAGAAAUUUUCUGAUGCCGUUUCUGCAGCAACGGAUGAAGAAAGGCUGAUAAAAAUUCAUGAUGUCAUCCAGCAGCUGCCCCCACCACACUACAGAACACUGGAGUUCCUGAUGAGACAUUUGUCUCUUCUAGCUGACUACUGUUCCAUCACAAAUAUGCAUGCUAAAAAUUUAGCAAUUGUUUGGGCUCCAAAUCUGCUAAGAUCCAAGCAGAUAGAAUCUGCCUGCUUCAGUGGAACGGCGGCCUUCAUGGAGGUGAGGAUCCAGUCGGUGGUUGUGGAGUUCAUCCUCAAUCACGCGGAUGUGCUUUUCAGUGGCAAGAGCAGCGCAGUCAUGCAGGAAGGGGCAGCCUCUCUCUCAAGGCCCAAGUCCCUGCUCGUGUCCUCCCCCUCCACCAAGCUGCUAACGUUGGAGGAAGCCCAGGCGCGAACGCAGGCUCAGGUCAACUCUCCGAUUGUGACUGAAAAUAAAUACAUUGAAGUCGGAGAAGGACCUGCUGCACUUCAGGGAAAAUUUCAUACCAUAAUUGAGUUCCCCCUGGAAAGGAAGAGGCCUCAAAAUAAAAUGAAAAAGUCUCCUGUUGGCAGCUGGCGUUCUUUUUUUAACCUGGGAAAGUCAUCUUCCGUGUCUAAACGGAAGUUGCAACGUAACGAGAGUGAGCCUUCCGAGAUGAAAGCCAUGGCACUGAAAGGUGGCAGGGCAGAGGGAGCACUGCGCUCUGCUAAAAGUGAGGAGUCUCUUACUUCUCUCCAUGCAGUUGAUGGUGAUUCCAAGCUUUUCCGGCCCAGAAGACCCAGAUCUAGCAGCGAUGCUCUCUCUGCCUCUUUUAAUGGGGAAAUGCUGGGGAACCGCUGUAAUUCCUAUGACAAUCUGCCCCAUGACAAUGAGAGUGAAGAAGAAGUUGGGCUGCUGCACAUUCCAGCCCUUGUGUCUCCCCAUUCAGCCGAGGAUGUUGACUUGAGCCCACCAGACAUUGGAGUAGCCAGCUUGGAUUUUGAUCCAAUGUCCUUUCAGUGUAGUCCUCCUAAGCCUGAAUCAGAAUGUCUGGAGAGCAAUGCUUCUUUUUUGGAUUCACUAGGAUACUCCAAGGAUAAACCAUGUGCCACUAAGGAUGUAGAAACAGGUGGUAGCCAGGCUCAAACUCCAGGAAGUACUACAAGCUCUGAACCUGUCUCUCCUCUUCAGGAGAAACUGAGUCCAUUGUUUACUCUGGACUUGAGCCCAACUGAAGAAAAAUCAUCUAAGCCAUCUUCAUUUACAGAAAAGGUCAUUUAUGCUUUCUCUCCAAAGCUGGGACGGAAAUUAAGCAAGUCACCUUCUAUGAAUAUAUCUGAGCCAAUUUCAGUGACCAUACCGCCUCGAGUGUCGGAAGUCAUUGGUGCAGUGUCAAAUCCUGCAGCUCAGAACACGUCAUCUCCAACCUGGGACAAAAUUGUUGAAGAAAGUGAUGUCACAAAUAGAUCCCCCACCCAGAUAGUAAAGAUGAAAACAAGUGAGAGGGAGGCCCAAGAAGGAUGCGCGUCUGACGUCCAGCCCCUGGGCCAGGCGGCUGCUGAAGAAAUAGAGUUGCCAGGGGAGGAGGAGCAGUCUGUCUCCAGCAGUCAGAGCAAGGCUGUGGCUGCAGGGCAGACUCAGACAGGAGCAGUUACCCAUGACCCCCCUCAGGAUUCCGUUCCUGUCAGUUCAGUCUCUCUUAUCCCACCACCACCACCUCCGAAAAAUGUUGCCCGAAUGUUGGCGCUAGCAUUAGCUGAGUCUGCACAACAAGCCUCAACUCAGUCCCUGAAGAGACCGGGUAUUGCUCAGCCUGAGUAUACAAAUUAUGGAGACAUUGCAGUGGCUACAGCUCAAGAUAACUUUUCCAACUCCUACUCUAGUGUUGCUCUAGGUGAAGCCUAUUUCCAAGCAGACCAAGCAGCAGAUGAGUCCCAGCUCCAGAACUAUAUGCCGGAGGACUGUGACCAGCCUCCCUCAGAGACUGCAGCUGCCAAGGACCCCUCUUCCAGCACGGCUGAGUCUGGGGAUCAGCACCACCAAGUACACACACCAGGGGAUCAACCACACCGAACCCAUGUGUCUGGGGCCCCAGAAAAGGCCCAGAUCUCUUCGGUUGCUUUAACAGACUCAGAAAGGUGUGAGGAUCACAGGAGUUCCCCGGAAGAGCAGGCAGGGAAGACCAGUGUACUGACUGUCUCCUUUGCGGAUCAGGAACAGCCUCCAGCCCGUCUCUACAAUGAGGAUCAGCCUCCUACUUUUCUUGGUGCAAAUGUGGAUAAGCCCCAUCACCCUUCAGAAUCUGCAGACAAAUCUCCCACAGCUCCUGAUUUGCCUAAGGACAAAACCUACGCUCCUUCAAGGUCUCCUGAAGAGAAUACCAGCAUAGCCACUGUGGCGUACAUGACAACUGCUCCGGCAACAGCUGAGCUAAGCACUAGGGAAGCCACCUGGGAGGCGGUUGAACAGUCCACUGCUGCUGGCUUUACUGCUGCAACCCUUCAGCGCACCCAGAGAACCAACCGGCCCCUUCCCCCACCUCCUUCUCAGAGGUCAACAGAGCAGUUGCCAGUUGUGGGGCAAGUGCAAGCAGCAGCCAGUAUAGGAUUAAGUAGCUCCCACAAGGUUCAAGGUGUAGUUCCAGCUCCAGAGAGGCCAUCUGAAGCCCGAGCUCUGGAUGAACCACCUGCACCUGUCUUUGUCAGUGAUGGUAGUGUUGCUGUCCAGUGUCCCACUGCUCUCCAGCCGGGCCUGCCUGAGAAGCUGCGGGACAGCACCAGGGCCCCAUUGCUGCACCUGCGAGCUGAGUCUGUCCCUGUGCACUCCUGUGGUUUGGCUGCACCAGUACCUCCUACCAGGACAGUAGAGAGUAAGAUCGCUGCUGCCAUGCACGCCAACAGUGCUGAGGCAACCAGCAGUUCAAAUUACCAUUCUUUUAUCACUUCUUCAUCAGCUUCUGUAGAUGAUGGAAUGCCUUUGGCACCUCCUGUUCUACAACCUAAGCAUGCUCCUCAGAAAAUAGCAUACUCCUCCUUUGCUAGACCUGAUGUCACUACUGAGCCCUUUGGUCCAGAAAACUGUUUGCAUUUCAGUAUGACUCCAAACUGCCAGUACCGUCCACAGAGUGUACCUCCGCAUCACAAUAAACUCGAGCAACACCAGGUAUAUGGAGCCAGGUCAGAGCCACCAGCCUCUAUGGGGCCUCGUUAUAACACAUAUGUGGCCCCAGGAAGAAAUGCAUCUGUACACCACUCCAAGCCAUGCAGCCGGAUUGAGUAUGUGUCUUCUUUGAGCUCUUCUGUUAGGAGUACUUGUUACCCUGAAGAUAUUCCACCUUACCCUACCAUUCGGAGGGUCCAGUCUCUCCAUGCACCCCCAACUUCCAUGAUUCGCUCUGUUCCCAUUUCACGGACAGAGGUUCCCCCAGAUGAUGAACCAGCAUACUGCCCAAGACCCCUGUACCAGUAUAAGCCAUACCAGUCCUCCCAGGCCCGCUCAGAUUAUCACGUAACUCAGCUUCAGCCUUAUUUUGAGAAUGGACGUGUCCACUACCGGUAUAGCCCAUAUUCCAGUUCUUCUGGCUCCUAUUACAGUCCAGAUGGAGCCCUGUGUGAUGUGGAUGCCUAUGGCACAGUGCAGCUGAGACCCCUUCACCGCCUUCCCAGUCGCGACUUUGCUUUCUACAAUCCUAGACUGCAAGGGAAGAGCGUGUACAGUUAUGCUGGGUUGCCUCCUCGUCCCCGGGCCAACAUGACCAGCUAUUUCUCUGGCAAUGACCAUCAUGUAGUCAACAUGCCACCCACUGCUGAUGUAAAGCACACCUAUGCCUCUUGGGAUCUUGAAGACAUGGAAAAGUACCGCAUGCAGUCCAUCCGGAGAGAGACUCGUGCUCGGCAGAAGAUUAAAGGACCCGUCAUGUCCCAGUAUGAUAAUAUGGCCCCAGCUGUGCAAGAUGACUUAGGUGGGAUCUAUGUCAUCCAUCUGCGCAGCAAAUCAGAUCCUGGGAAAACUGGACUUCUUUCAGUGGCAGAGGGAAAGGAGGGGCGGCACCCAGCCAAGGCCAUCAGUCCCGAGGGAGAUGACCGCUUCUACAGGAAACACACGGAGUCAGAGUUAGAUCGAGCUCACCAGCACGGAGGCUAUGGUAGCACACAGGCAGAGAAACCAUCUCUCCCCCAGAAGCAGAGCAGCCUCAGGAACAGGAGGCUUCAUGACGUGGGCUGCAGCCUUCCUGAGCACAGGGCACAGCAGGAAGCAAGCCACAGGCAAUUAUGUGAAUCAAAAAAUGGACCUCCUUUCCUGCAGGGAGCUGGACAGUUAGAUUAUGGGCCCAAAGGGAUCCCAGACUCUUCAGAGCCAGGGAGUUACCAUAACUCUGGAGGGAAAUACGCUCCGUCAGGACAGGAGUCUUUGAGACUGAACCCCAAGGAGGUGAGGCUUCCCAAAGAGCUGGAGCGACCUCGUGCUAGGCAGCCUCCGACCUCAGAGAGACACUCCAGAGACUGCUACAAGGAGGAAGAACACUUCACUCAAUCAAUGAUCCCACCCCCUAAGCCAGAGAGGAGUCACAGCCUAAAACUCCAUCACACCCAGAAUGUAGAGAGGGACCCCAGUGUGCUGUUCCAAUACCAAACACAUGGCAAGCGCCAGAGCAAUAUGACUGUCAUGUCCCAGUAUGACAACCUGCAGGAUUACCACUCCCUGCCUCAGCAGCAGAGGGGGGGCUUUUCAGGGGGAGGCUUGGGGACAUAUGUGCCCCCUGGUUUUCCCCAUCCACAGAGCAGGACAUACGCAACAGCUUUGGGCCAGGGGGCCUUCCUGCCCACAGAGCUGUCCUUGCAACAUCCUGAAACACAGGUCCACGCAGAAUGAGCCCCGAGAGCAAUAGAGUUGAAGCAGUCUCUGCUGGACAGUGGACUGUUCUAUAUUUUUCAAUAACCAAAAAGAUUAAAAAGCAAAAUGCUACACUACCCCGAUCACAUUUUAAAAAUGUAAUAAAAGUAAACAAAUCAGCA